ACCUCUGUUAUUAGUAUACCCAUAGAUGUCCUCAGUGGAGGAGGGCGGCGGCCAUUUUCUUGUACAUCAAUCCGACAGCAGCAAUAGGUUCACGGGCCGUGUAGUGACGUCAAGAGCGGCGGCCAUUUUCCCCUGGUCUGAGCUCCGCCUUCCUUCUAUCUUUCCCACAAGGCAGCAGGAGCAGAGAGCAGCCAUUGAUGUGUCUGGCAGCAGACAUUCCAGCAGUGAGGAACCAGAGUCUCUAUUACAUGUCACAUGUUCUCAUCCAUCACUAAGCAUGGACACGGACAGGAGUCACAGGACUGAGAGGAUAAUAAAUAUCACCAUGGAGAUCAUCUACCUGCUGACUGGAGAGGAUUACACAGUAGUGAAGAAGACAUCCAGUGAUUUUGAGACAUGCAGCAGCCGUCCCCGUGUGUCAGGAGGACUGAACAGGAACCGGAGCCCCAUCACGGUUCCUCAACCUUACUCACUGAUACAUGAGAGGCCCAAUGACCAGAAGAUCCUGGAACUCGCCAACAAGAUCAAUCAGCUGCUGACUGGAGAGGAGGAGGAGUAUAUAGAGGAACACAGGGGUCUGUACAAGGACGUGAUGAUGGAGAAUCACUGGCCCCUCACAUCACUGGAUGGGCCCAGUAACAGAGAUACCCCAGAGAGAUGUCCCCGUCCUCUGUAUUCCCAGGAUUGUACAGAGGAGAAUCACAGGAUCCCACAGAAGGAUCAGGAAGAAAGUCUGUCUGAUAUUAAAACAGAAGAUAUAGAGGGAGAACAAGAGACGUAUGUGACAGAUAUAACGACAGAAGAUAUAGAGGGAGCAGAAGAGACGUAUGUGGCUGGUAUGAAGGCAGAAGAUAUAGAAGAAGAGACGUAUGUGACUGAUAUGAAGGCAGAAGAUACAGAGGGAGAAGAAGAGACGUAUGUGACUGAUAUGAAGGCAGAAGAUAUAGAGGGAGAAGAAGAGACGUAUGUGACUGAUAUGAAGGCAGAAGAUAUAGAGGGAGAAGAAGAGAUGUAUGUGACUGAUAUGAAGGCAGAAGAUAUAGAUGGAGAAGAAGAGACGUAUGUUACUGAUAUGAAGGCAGAAGAUACAGAGAUAGAAGAAGAGACGUAUGUGACUGAUAUGAAGGCAGAAGCUAUAGAGGGAGAAGAAGAGACGUAUGUGACUGAUAUGAAGGCAGAAGCUAUAGAGGGAGAAGAAGAGACGUAUGUGAGGGGUGAUCAGCAGUGUAAGGAGGAGGAAAUCCCUACAGAUAUCAGCACAGUAGAUGGCGGCACAAGCAGGAAUGCCUUCGAGGGAGAUCUCAUCUUAUAUGCAGAUACUAAAACAGAAGAUAACAUCACACAGGAUUCUCCAGGAGACAGCGCUGUUAUGCUAAAUAUACAUCCAGUACCUCACAGCGCAGAUAUAUCAUCCAAUCCAUCUAAUCGUGAGGGCUGUUCUCCUGAUAACUCAGCUUUUGUUACCCAUAGUGCAGCUCAUACACCUGAUAAUAUAUUUCCCUGUUCCGAGUGUGGGAAAUGUUUUACACGGAAAUCACAUCUUGUUACACAUCAGAGAAGUCACACAGGUGAGAAACCAUUUCCAUGUUCUGAGUGUGGGAAAUGUUUCACACAGAAAUCAUAUCUUGUUAUACAUCAGAGAAAUCACACAGGUGAGAGGCCAUUUCCAUGUUCUGAGUGUGGGAGAAGUUUCACACAGAAAUCAGAUCUUAUUAAACAUCAGAGAAGUCACACAAGUGAGAGGCCAUUUCCAUGUUCUGAGUGUGGGAAAUGUUUUAUACGGAAAUCACAUCUUGUUAUACAUCAGAGAAGUCACACAGGUGAGAAACCAUUUACAUGUUCUGAGUGUGGGAAAUGUUUCACACAGAAAUCACAUCUUGUUAUACAUCAGAGAAGUCACACUGGUGAGAAUCCAUUUCCAUGCUCUCAGUGUGGGAAAUGUUUCACACAGAAAUCAAAUCUUGUUACACAUCAGAGAAAUCACACAGGUGAGAGGCCAUUUCCAUGUUCUGAGUGUGGGAAAUGUUUUACACAGAAAUCAGAUCUUGUUACACAUAAGAGAAGUCACACAGGUGAGAGACCAUUUCCAUGUUCUGAGUGUGGGAAAUGUUUUAUAAGGAAAUCACAUCUUGUUAUACAUCAGAGAAGUCACACAGGUGAGAGACCAUUUCCAUGUUCUGAGUGUGGGAAAUGUUUUAUAAGGAAAUCACAUCUUGUUAUACAUCAGAGAAGUCACACAGGUGAGAGGCUGUUUUCAUGUUCUGAGUGUGGGAAAUAUUUUACACAGAAAUCAGAUCUUGUUACACAUCAGAGAAGUCACACAGGUGAGAGGCCAUAUCCAUGUUCUGAGUGUGGGAAAUGUUUUACACGUAAAUCACGUCUUGUUAUGCAUCAGAUUUCACACAGGAGAAGCAUUACUAUGAGUUGAUACAAAACAGGGUUUAAGCAACACUCCUGUCACACAGUAUUUUAACACUUUAUGUCAUCCUUCCACAGAUAAUUGGAAUGUGUGUCAUUAAUAUAAGAUAACUAGAUCACUUCAGUGAAACUUUUACUAAUUUCUUUAUUGUAUAAAUUCUUCAAUGUAUUGCUUUCUUUUAUUUUUUUAUACAACAUUUUUUUAUUGAAGAAUAGGCAUAGAAGAUCAUAUAAACAUCAUUGGUCGAAAGUAUUGAACGUGUAACAACAUGAUGCAUAGCUGUUUUGAAAGGCUCUACAUAAUAUGUAAAUACAACAAAAUGCGUUAUAGAGUGAGCACAAAGGAAAUAAUUCAAAACAUGUCAAGCAGAAAGAGGAUAUGGCUGCAGCGUAUCUUACAUAAGAAGGCACAGCAGUGGUCUCCAUAAGAGUAUAUAUAGGUCUGAGAAAAAAUGAAGGUUAGACGUGAACCAAUAUAUCUAAAAGGGCCGCAGAAUACCAUUAAUCCAACCAACAACUGAAAACUAUCGAUAUGCAGCCCGUCCUUCAAUAGUAAAUUUUCUGUUUUUUAUAGAAAGAAAAUACAAAGAGUAUUUAGAAACAAAAAUACAAAAUGUAGAAAAACAUGGGG